GGUGUGUAGUGUAUUAGUUGAAGAUGUCUGGAAAACCGGAACUACCCUAUGGCUAUUUAGGUGCCCAACCUAAAUUCAGUGAAUUCGGUAUGACCACGUUGAGUCAUAAUAACCCGGAAGUGGCAGUGAGUGACAACCAGAUUGAAGUAAAGUUUAAAACGACUCGUCCUGUAAAAUUGACUGGUAAUCUGGUAGAAUGUGCCAAUGAACAAGAACAUAAAGAUUAUGUUUUCUGUCAUACACAGAAUGACGUCAGCUCAAUGAUUGCGACGAUGCCCAAUCCCGGAUACUAUAAACUACAGAUCUACGCCUUGCCUUGUGACGAUGACAGCAAGACUCUACCAGGCGUUUUCAACUAUCUCAUUAACAACCAGGGAAGCGCUAAGGCUCCUACACCCUUCCCUAAACAAUACGCACCAUGGAAAGACGGGUGUUACUUGUACGAUCCCAUAGUUCUUAACAGAUCCAUGAAUUUAUCUAACAUCCAAGUCAAGCUCCACGUCCCGAAUGCUGCAGCUGUUGCCGCAACCGUCGAAGGAGAUUGGACGCAUCUGGAAAGAGAUGCCCAAGGAUUGUGGGCCGGACAAUUAAAUCUUGACAAAUUCAAGCAAACUGGUUGUAAAGUUUGUUUGAAUGCCAAUUAUGGCGGCGAUAAAACCAAAUUCGCUACCCUUCUUGAAUACAGUUUAUAAUUGUAUGUUAUGAAUACUAAAAUAUGCUCAAAAACAAAUUGAAAGUAGCUCAACAGUGCAAUACGUUAAACCGGAAGUGAGUAUGUACAGGAAUUGUCAACCAAUAGAUAUGCAAUUGUAUAUUUACUUCCAAUUUGUAAAUCUGAAACUCGGUCAAUUCGAUUGGUUAGCUGUUCGCCAAAGCAAGGAAGGUGACUGAAAACUUAAUGAGACGCGUAUUUAAUGCUCAUUUUUCGCCAAAAUGGAGGUCUGAAUGCUUUUUAU